AUGCUCCGGUCCGGCAGCCACCAGGCCAGCAAGGCCUUCAAGGCCCUGGCACAAUCACAAUCAAAACGGUCCUUCACCACAUCAAAUGCCCUCGCCGCGGCCUCAAGACGGAGGGCGGUCCACUCCACAGCCAGGAAUUCUGCAACCGCCACAGCAGCACAACCCACAGCUCCUGAUGUCCGAUCGAAGCCGAGUCCCUCCUUCAACACCGCGUCAAGAAAUGUCGAGCCGCUCGCCGACAAAUCGGCCGACAUGGACGAGUCGUUCAUCGGCAAGACUGGAGGAGAGAUUUUCCACGAGAUGAUGUUGAGGCAAAACGUGGAGCACAUCUUUGGCUAUCCCGGUGGUGCUAUCCUUCCCGUUUUCGACGCUAUCUACAACUCUAAACAUUUCGACUUUAUCCUUCCAAAACACGAGCAGGGAGCUGGGCACAUGGCUGAGGGCUAUGCUCGCGCAUCAGGAAGGCCAGGUGUCGUCCUGGUCACAUCUGGCCCUGGCGCUACAAAUGUUGUCACGCCCAUGGCAGAUGCUCUCGCUGACGGCAUACCUCUGGUUGUCUUCACUGGGCAGGUCCCCACCAGCGCAAUCGGGAGCGACGCUUUCCAAGAGGCCGAUGUCAUUGGUAUUUCAAGGGCGUGCACCAAGUGGAACGUCAUGGUCAAGAGCGUCGCUGAGUUGCCCAGGAGAAUCAACGAGGCUUUUGAGAUCGCCACUAGUGGCAGGCCUGGGCCCGUCCUUGUCGACCUUCCCAAGGACAUCACUGCCGGUGUUUUGAGGAGGGCUAUUCCCACCGAGUCUGCCCUGCCAUUCCUUCCCAGCGCGGCCUCGCAGGCCAUGGCAGAGCUCAGCAGGAAGCAGCUGCAGGCUUCCAUCCGCCGCGUGGCCGACCUGAUCAACAUCGCCAAGAAACCGGUCAUCUACGCUGGAAACGGAGUCAUCUGCUCGGAGAAUGGUCCUGCCAAGCUGAGGGCUCUCGCCGACAAGGCUUCUAUACCCGUCACGACCACCUUGCAAGGCAUGGGUGCCUUCGACGAGCUGGAUGAGAAGUCCCUUCACAUGUUGGGCAUGCACGGCUCAGCAUACGCCAACAUGUCCAUGCAGGAGGCUGAUUUGAUCAUUGCCCUGGGAGGGCGCUUUGACGACCGCGUCACUCUGAGUGUCCCUGGCUUUGCUCCAGGCGCCAAGGCCGCGGCCGCAGAGGGUCGAGGCGGUAUUGUCCAGUUCGAGAUCAUGCCUAAGAACAUCAACAAGGUCAUCCAGGCCACAGAGGCUGUUGAGGGCGACGUGGCGACCAACCUGGAUAUGCUGCUCCCAAUGGUCCAAUCCAAGACCAUGGAAGACCGCAAGGAGUGGUUCGGAAAGAUCAACGCGUGGAAGGAGAAGUGGCCCAUGAACGACUUCGAAAGGGCUGGAGAUUCUGGCCGUAUCAAGCCUCAGGAGAUGAUCGAGCAGCUUUCAAACCUGUGCAAGGACCGGAAAGAAAGCACAUACAUCGCCACCGGUGUUGGUCAGCACCAGAUGUGGACCGCACAGCAUUUCCGCUGGAGGCAUCCACGCACCCUGAUUACCUCGGGUGGUCUGGGCACCAUGGGCUUCGGUCUACCCGCCGCCAUUGGCGCAAAGGUCGCGAAGCCUGAUUCCCUGGUCAUCGACAUUGACGGAGAUGCCUCCUUCUGCAUGACUCUUACUGAACUCAGCACCGCUGCACAGUUCAACAUUGGCGUCAAGGUGAUCAUUUUGAACAACGAGGAGCAAGGUAUGGUUACACAGUGGCAGAACCUCUUCUACCAGGACCGUUACAGCCAUACCCACCAGAAGAACCCGGAUUUCAUGAAGCUCGCGGACGCCAUGGGUCUCGCUCACAGACGUGUCUCCAAGCCUGAAGAGGUGGUUGACAGCCUGAAGUGGCUGAUCGACACAGACGGCCCGGCUGUGCUGGAAGUCAUCACGGACAAGAAGGUGCCUGUGCUGCCCAUGGUGCCUGCGGGCCAUGCGCUGCAUGAGUUCAUUACUUGGGAUGCUGCCAAGGACAAGGCCCGAAGAGAAACGAUGAGGGAGCGAACAGGAGGACUGCAUGGUAACUGA